AGUUCUAUUUUAUUUCGUUACACAUCAAGUCAUCAUACACAUACAAAAAACUAAAAACAUUACUAAUAAUUUUAAAACUUGGUUUUCAAAUUUAAAAGCAAUUUUCCCGACUAAUAAAACAGUGUAAAAGUGUUCCCAUGGCGUUCAUUGUGCCAUAUUUUCUAUGUUUCCUAUGUUUUCUUUAAUACCUCAAUUUUCUUUGUUUUCUGCAAGCUGCUUGGCAUCUCUUCUUGUUGUCGCAACUAUCUGGCAGCCCUUCCGCCCAGCUGUUUUUUUGGUUUGUUUAUUUCUUUCAGUGGUUUGCAAAAUCAGGUGCUAGUUAGAGGUGGUUUUUCUUUUCGUGUUUGUUCGCAAUUAAAAGUGAAAUUACGAUUCUGCCACGUUUGGCCGUGGCGGUUGUAAUUGGAGUACUUCGCUCUUCCAGCAUUCGGCCAAAGUUUGUAAAUUCAAAGUUCAUAAUUGUGCAAUCGGUGGUGUGUGUGUAUCUUGUUUAACGAUGCCUACAAGCAUAUGAGAAAAAAGUGUUUGCUGUAAAUUUGCAAAAAUGCAAACCGACGAGGAGGAUGCUUUUGGCAGUAGUUCAGAUACACCCGUCAAACAAAUGCGGCCACUGCAAACGGACGAAUCGUAUGAGUUAUAUGCUACCAAGACAACAGCAUCGCUGGAAAGUCCACCAGCAACACCACCGGUCGGAAACGACAACGACACAAUCAGUAUAAAGGCCAAAAAGCACCAUGACGAAGACCAGCACCAGCACCACAGCAAUAGCGACAAUGACGAUCACACUACAGCAUACUCACAAUCCGAUGCCGAUGAAGAUUCAAGUUUAGUUUUCUUUAGUGAAGGCGACUUGCCGGCAGUCGAGUUUGAGCCUCCAUACACAGCGCCUCUUGCGCCAUUGCUCACGCCAAAAGAUUGGAAAAGAAAACAGCGUAACAGUGGCGAGCAAAAGCGUUCACGUCGGUCGAAAGCAAGUGUAAAAAGUAAGCGUCGAUCGCCGAGCGUAGCUCUAAAAGAGAGAUUUAAAAGCUACGACAGUCUAUGUGAGAUGUUUAUACAGCAGGAGAGAUAUGCCAGUGCUAACGGCGAUGCAGGCAACCAAUUGGGAAUCAACGCUCAUGAUGAUGACAAAGCGUACGAAUGUCAUAAACUUGACUACUACAAUGGUAACAGCGACGAUUGUGGGGCCGGCGAAUACGUCGAAUUUGAUGACAAACUGCUGCGCGGGAACUCAAGGAGAUUAUGCAGGCCAGCUGAUAAAAGAAAACUUCAACACACAACGAGUCUGACACUCGAUGCAGAGGCAUCGCGACAUCAACGCAACAAUUCAGCCAAAAAUAGCUCAAAGUACUCAACACCCUUAGCGCCAAUGACUGAUAAUAAUAUUUUAGAGUGUAAUUUUGUAAAUGAAGAAGACUGCUGCCCACCAAUCAAAUACAAUGAAACACUUUUCUUUGCGGAUGGUGUACGUUUGAUUGAUUUUGUGCUUGCCUACAAGGUGGAUCCGGAUGCUGCACAGGAGGCGCUUAACGCACAUAAGCGUUUUAAAUUUGAAGCCAAUCUAUUGGAGCAUGGCCUGCAAAUGGAGUUGGACUAUAAGGAGCAGCAGCAGAUACAUUUUGUGAAGAUACAUGCACCAUUGGAUGUGUUGCGUUGCUAUGCAGAAAUUUUAAAGCUACGUAUGCCUAUGAAGGAGGUAAUUAUAGUAUUUUUUUUACUUUGUUGUUCUUGUGUAGAAAAUAGCAGUUACG